CGGUGUAUACUUUGGUUUAAGCCCGCGCUGUUCGAGUUUCCUCACCCAGUACCCACGGGUUUUAAGGUUUGUCGUUGCAGAAACGCUUUCUUUCGCUUUGUCUGGUGUGGGAACAUGAUUCGCUCAAAAGAAGUGGACACUCUCAAGCAUGGACUGCGGGAUGCUUUGAAAAUGUUAGAAAGUACACCAUUGUUCGAGCAAUGUGAAGAAUCGUAUAUGAAAGCUAUUAAAGAAGCAGAAAAGUUGGACGUGCAGAGUUGCUUCAGAAGGACCACGAUUGUAUCAUACAAAGAUUUGCUGACACCAAAUUCUACUGGCCUUCGCCUGGAGAAGCUAAUGAAGCAAUAUGAAGAAGCUUAUUUAUUUAGAUGUGCCAGUUCAGAAGCUGUUGGAUCCAAUGCGGAUACCAUUGCUAAACUUCGCGCCCGCCACCCAGAAGCAGUGGAAUCGGAUGAACCUCAAGCUACAUCAUCGAACGCAGAAACCGAGGAAGAAAUGAGAGUGGUCGAGGUAGUCCGAAAGUUACGAGAUCCACUUGGAGGUGGGCAAAUCAAAGAUCCGGUCAAGAGCAAACACUGCGGUCACGUAUACGACCGCAAAACACUUCAAGAGUACAUUGACGGUAGCAAAGCUCGCCGAGCGAUGUUCUAUCAGUGCCCUCGCUUGUGCACUUAA